AUGGAAAAGAGAAAUAAUGUCACUGUGUUUAUUCUCUUGGGCCUUUCGCAAAACAAGAGCAUUGAAAUUCUCUGCUUUGUAUUAUUCUUAUUUUGUUACAUUGCUAUUUGGAUGGGAAACUUGCUCACAAUGAUUUCUAUCACAUGCAGUCAGCUAAAUGGCCAACCCAUGUAUUUCUUCCUUAAUUACCUCUCUCUCUCUGACCUUUGCUACACAUCCACAGUGACACCCAAACUGAUGACUGACUUACUGGCAGAAAGAAAGACCAUUUCCUAUAAUAAUUGCAUGGCACAACUUUUUAUUAUUCACUUUCUUGGAGCCAUUGAGAUCUUCAUCCUUACAGGGAUGGCCUAUGACCGCUAUGUAGCCAUCUGUAAGCCCCUGUACUACGCUGCCAUCAUGAGCAGGCAGAGGUGUAACACAAUCGUCAUAGCUUGUUGUACUGGGGGGUUUAUACACUCAGCCAGUCAGUUUCUUCUCACUAUCUUCUUACCCUUCUGUGGCCCCAAUGAGAUAGAUCACUACUUCUGUGACGUGUAUCCUUUGCUGAAGCUGGCCUGCACUAAUACACACAUAAUAGGUCUCUUAGUCAUUGCUAAUUCAGGUCUAAUUGCUUUGGUGACUUUUGUUAUCUUGUUGUUGUCUUAUGUUCUGAUAUUAUUUACCGUCAGCGCUUACCCUGCCCAAAGCCGUUCCAAAGCUCUUUCGACUUGCAGUUCACACAUAACAGUUGUAGUCCUGUUCUUUGUGCCUGUCCUCUUCAUUUAUAUUAGACCAGCUGUAACCUUUCCAGAGGAUAAAGUGUUUGCUCUUUUCUAUACCAUCAUUGCUCCCAUGUUCAACCCUCUGAUAUACACACUGAGAAAUAUGGAUAUGAAGAAAGCCAUGAAGAAGAUGUGGUACUAUCAAUUGUUUUUGCAAGAAAAGUAG